AUGGAUCCCGACAGCGAGGAUGAGCCUUUCUUUGCUGGCUUUCUUCGUCUUCCAUCCGUGCUCAAUGCAGAACCUAGAACGACCUUCGAAAUCGAGCCCCUACUGCCACCGACCGGCAAUUCGAGACUUGCCGCUGCCGUUUCUGCCUCGCUGCCACCGCAACUCUCUGAUAAUGCGAGGAAGUUGUUCUACGAAUUGCUCUGGGCCAAAGAGCUUCAGGUCGUCGACAGGGCUUGUGCUAUGCCCUGGGCCCGCGUCACAUGGUUGCCAAAGGACCUUUCUGGUGCCUUCGCUAGGUAG